AUGUCUACCUCCCCCCGUCUGACAUACAACAUCACAGAGGUGUCGCCGCUUAAGGAGAUCCCCGAUCGCAAGGAAACUAGCAUUUCCGUCCAACGUCCUUUCUCGGUGCUCAACGAUAUUUUCCGACGCAUUCCCGUCGUUGGAUCCACGCUUGAUUCCGCCCUCCAGCCGCUCGAAAAUAUAUACCCCGGCGCAAAGGAAGUCAUCUACUUUGGAAGAUCGGUGGGAAAUUUCGGGUGGGGCCAUUGCAUGCAGUUCCCCAAGGUGACCAAGGUCGUUGCCUGCGUGCCCUUUGGAGACCUGCACACUGUCGUUGGGCGCUUCGUAUCCUUGAAGGCGCCUCAAAACUCCCUUGUCCAGUCGAUUGUGACGGCUGUGCAAUACAUCAGUCUAGGGCAGAUUCUGGGAGCGGCUUUCCCGAGCGGCUCCCGUGUGGACGACCUGCCGGGAGCACAGACUCGAGGGUUUUCGCUUGCGAGCAUUGUUGAUGCUCUGGUUGGACCCAUGCCGGGUAAAUCGGUGCUCUUGAUGAAGGCCUCAGAGGAUGAGCUCAUCCCCGACGGAGAGGCCGACCGCUUGGCCGCAAAGCUGGAGGAGAAGGGUAUCAAGACCAAGGUCAUGGCCCUGACGGGCUCACAUCACGCUUUGCCUUGGGAUGAGGAGAACAAGGGCUUUGCUCCUGCAGCAAUGGAGGAUUUUUUCGCCAAUGGGCUUUGA